AUGUUGACGCUCCGUGAACUAGACCCUUCCGAACUGGAAGAUGAAGCGCACCUGAGGCGCUUCGAACAAUGUCGUUGCGAGGUUAUGCGCGUGUCCAGUAGCCGUCUUCUCCCUGAAUGUAUUGCUCUGACCACAAAAGGCGGUUUUGUACAACUCGUCAACGUUUCCACGGGAGCGUUUCGUGUUUUCCUUACACACCUGGGAAAUAUGCCGUUGGAGUCACAACUUCGUUGCUUUUCCCUUGCCCCCUCCCUCUACGCUACCAAAGGUGCCCACUCGCUGCUCUACUCACUUGCGUACUCGAACGAACUCCUGCUGGCUGAUAUGGAGCAAGGUACUGUGAGUGUUCUUGCAACCUUCCAAAGCCGCCCCAGUGUUGUGUAUUGUGAUGGUGAUUACAUUGUGUGCGGGGAGGGCUCUGGGCAAGUAACCCUGUGGCGGUCACCUAGUGCCACAGAUGGUGAUGCGACGAUUGAGUGGCGCAGGUCUGUAUUCACAGACACGGUGGUAUGUAUUACACUACAGCGUGCAUACGUGGUCUGUUCAUCUGUAGACCAACACUCCUACGUGCUAUCCCUCCGUGGAGGGGACAUCAUCGCAAAACUUGCGCAAGGCCCAGAGGCGGCGGUUUCGCUGCAGUCUGUUACAACUUCACAACUAAGCGGAGGUUUCAUGUUACUCUGUCUUCCGACCGUACUGACUGUUUAUGCUCCACCGAACAAAGAGGUUGCAGCACCCCCUUGUCCCACCGACGGUACCGUGUGGGACUGCUCGAAUUCAGUACAACUAGACACGCAGAUAAACUGUUUAAGUUGCUGUGUUGGCCUCAUAGCCUGCGGAACAGCUUCCGGCGUUGUAAUCCUCAUGACUAUGGAUGAAACAGGCCGUGAGGUGGUGGAGCGAGUAAGGUUCAACGUUGGGUUUGCUGUCGUUUGUGUUCAGUUGUUUGACGACGACACCCUGGUGGUUGUAACCUCCUCUGGCGAUGUAUGGAAGUGGACCACCACGGACUUGCUUCCUGAGGAGCCAGCAUGUGAUUUGAGCGGUGAGGAAGAACUUCCCGAGCCUAAUGUGCAACCGCCUACCGCCACGUCUGCGGCACCCAGGCCAACACAUGAAUCAAUGGGUCUGGACAACCCUCAGAUUGUUCAAGUAACUUCCAGUGAGGUUGUUAACCCAGGAUAUCUUAAUGAGUGCGGAAAAGAGGAGGAGGAGGAGAUUACUAUAAUGAUGGACGAUGAAUCUCAUCCUCUGCCGUCUCGCGUAUCAACCCUUCCCUCCAGACACCCAGUGAACCUUCGCACACAUUGUCGGGAAGGUAGCGACAAUAAGAAUGUUGGGGAUUACCAGGAAAUUUUUGACACACCAAAUGAGGUGCUUGCUCAUAUGGCUGAGUGUUCUGGAGAUAGAAGUGAUCAUAUGCCGACGUGCGCUCGAACCAGGUCACCAUCGGGCACGGUUACAGAGUCCGAAACCUUUUCUGAUGAUGGCAGCUCGUGUUCUAGUCGAUCGAGCUCACCGAGCAGCGUCAGCGUCGCUGGGUAUGCGACCGCAGAUGUAGCGGCCGACCGCAUCACCAAUGGGGCAAUUCAGAGCUCACCACCCAGCGAACAGAACCUUCGCUCAAUCAGUCGUGAUGCUGCGGGUGACUUUGCCGUUGAUGUGGAUGCGACGCUGACCUCCAGUCCCGGGACUUGUGCUUGUCCACCUGUCUUGGAGGCCGGACUGACAACUGCUGACGCAGUUGCUGUUGCUGCCUGCAACGAAGUAACUGAGCGUGGAGGUGAGGUGUGCUCUCCCACAAGGUAUACACUGACGCACACCCUGGACAAGGUGUUACGUGCUGUUGAUGUAGUCCCGCCGUUAACGAUCAAGGGGUUGUGCGCGGGAAGGCGUAUGGACCCGCGCAAGGCCAAACUUAUUGCUGAGACCGACUGCCAUGAAGAGCCAGCCCCGGGACCGGAGAGGCAAAGUUCACAAAUGUUGAUGGAUUAUCGUGAAGGGCUGGAGGACACGCCCUUUGACUAUGCGGCGUACGCUGGGGCCCACCCACUAAAGACCGAGGCUCUUAAAUACAGAUACCCCGUGCGAAUGCCGGUGUAUAGUACACGCGCUCAACUGUUCACUCCUUCCACGGAACUGCGCGUGACCAACAUCAAAGGAAACAGCGAAGAAAACAAUAUGGAGGUCAAUCGGAAGAAAGAAAGCCGACAAGACCACAAUGAUCAGCAAGAGAAUGUCACGAAUUUUACCAUUGCCGAUGAUCUCAUGAACGCCACGUACGGAAGACUCACACGGCGAAAAGAUCCCCUGCUUGAGGAAGAGCGACAGCUUGGGGGACCCGAUAUUCGUCGCCACUCUUGCGGUGGAUUACUGUGUGGGACCGUGGAUCCUAAUGGAACUGUGCUUUUUCAGGAAUUUCGCGUGCAGCCCAGUCCUCCUGGUCUACUUCUUUUACCAAUGCCACUCCCCCCGACGCCCACAGUCUUUUAA